AUGGCGGUCCCAAAGAUAUUCGAGAGUGGAGAUUUUAUUAUUGUGAAUAAACCAUUUGAUAUGUAUAUAAAUUCAGACGACGAAAAUGAAAAGAAUACCGUCACUUGCCAUAUUGCCUCACACGACUCACACCUUUCAACAUCAUCAAACCCGCUAUAUUUCGUACAACGUCUCGACUAUGCCACCAGUGGGAUAUUAUGUAUUGCUAAGAAUAAAACAGCGGCUUGUUGGGCGGGAAGGUUAUUUGAAAAAAGACUUACCAGAAAAUAUUAUUUGGCGGUCGUUAGAGGUCAUAUUACAUUUGAGUUAGCUGAUAUCAAAUACGCAAUUGGCGUAGAUCUGUCACCGGGAAACAGUCAUAAGAUGUCACCACUAACCAGUACAACAAAAUGUGGUGACCCAAGGUCAGCUUACACCAGGCUCCUGGUCCUGGAGACGGGGUACUAUUGUGAAGAUCCUGUGACCGUUGUGUUGCUGAAACCUGUUACUGGUCGUCGUCACCAACUCCGUGUACACUGUAAGUCCGUCGGUCACACCAUACUUGGAGACUACACGUAUAGCAACACAUUGGACAGCACCCCCCCUAGGAUGUUCUUACACGCUACUAGGCUAGUAUUACCAUUCCAAAAAGAUCCCUUAGAUAUUCAAACGCCCGAACCAUACUUCUUGGACCCAGAGUUCAGCUCUAAAUGGAAACCAGAAAAAGUGAUAUACAAGUACAGAAGCAAAGAAGAUUUUGUAACAGCCUGUGAAGUUAUCGACACACAUUACACAGUUGGCAUUAAAUAUGAGGAAUUCUCUUAUAAUCAA